CGGGCAGAGACUGCUAUAUGCCAUAGUGCCACCCGGAUUGUUUUGUGUUUUUCAGUUUUGAGUUCACCAAACUAUCUUUGUCUACUUUGAACAGAAACUGAAACCAUGUCGCGGGAGAGACCCAAAAGAGGCACACUACCUCCGGCUCAAGAGAAUAUUGAGAAAUUAGAGAAAGUUGUAGAGGAAGGUAAUUACUAUGGAGCUCAGCAAAUGUACAAAUCCAUUAGUGCAAGAUAUGUAUCUGCUCAGAGGUAUUCUGAGGCUUUGGAUCUCCUUCAGUCUGGUGCAUGCAACCAACUGAAACAUGGGCAGGUUACUUGUGGGGCAGAGUUAGCUGCUUUGUUUGUGGAUACGCUUGUCAAAGGAAGAUUCCCUUAUGACAAUGAAAUCCUUGCCCGUGUCAGGAAAAUUUAUAAAGAAUUUCCUCGGAUACCGGUGCCACAACAGUUGGGGGAUUUAGAUGACGUGCAACAACUUUCUGAAACACUUGGGGCAGCAAAAACAUGUGUUGAGGGCUGCUCAUCAUUCCUAAAAGUUGCUCUUAAGUGGUCUGCGGAGUUUGGCGCACCCAGGGUUGGGGCUCCAGAAAUACAUGUUAUGUUAGCGAACUACAUAUAUUUUGAAUCUCCUGAGGUGGACAUGGUUAGAGUGUCACAUCAUUUCGUCAGAGGAAACAACCCAAAAGAGUUUGCUUCAACCUUAGUAAAUUUUAUGGGAAAGUGUUAUCCAGGGGAAGAUGAUUUGGCCAUUGCACGAGCGAUUUUAAUGUAUUUGUCUUUAGGUAACCUGAGAGAUGCCAAUAAUCUCAUGGAUGAGAUAAAGAAACAAGUGGAAUCUAAGCAGCUUGACUUUCCCCAAUCGGAUUUGAUCCAGUUCAUCAAUUUUCUUUUGCAAACGUUGUUAAGAGAUGCUCUUCCUCUUUUCAAUAUGUUGAGAGCUAAGUACAAAUCAAGCUUAGACAGAGAACCUACAUUUCAUGAGUUGCUAGAUGAAAUUGCAGAGAAGUUUUAUGGAGUGCGGCGCCGAAAUCCUCUGCAAGGGAUGGGGAUGUUUGGGGAGAUCUUCAAGAUGAUGGGAGGUGAAUAGUGAUGUGUUGGAACUUCAAGUUUUCACUUCCUUGCCGGAUCCUUCAGUACUACCGUUAUUGUGCCCGUUGAAAGGGAGUAUUUAUAUAUUUUGAUUCUGUAGAAGCAUUUUUUAAUGAAGUGUUUGUUAAUGAUGUAAGAUUUAUUUUAUGUUCACCUUAGGGAGAUACAGAUUCAGAUUCUUGUGUUUGUACCAUUAAUACAAAUGAAUUAUUAUUAUUGUUCAUCUAAACUUUCCAAAUUGUAUGA